AUGCCUGAUCUCCUUCAGACCCCUCCCAAGGCGUUGUCCUUUGAUGUUUUUGGAACUGUUGAAGUUGUAUCUUGGGGAAAGCUGCUGAAAGUACAUGCGUCGUAUGGGAGUAUGAAAAAACUAUCCGUCCCACAAGCCGUCCCACAGUUUGACAAAGCAUUCAUUGACUUGCUGGUAUUAGUUGAUUGGAGAAAAACUGUUACUUCUACCUUGGUUCAUAGCGCUGCAAAUAAAAUCUCUUCAUCUUCAAGGUCAGCAAACUUGUCUCCAGAAGUCCGUACUCGCUUGUCGACGUUGACAGAUAAAGAUUGGGCUCAAUUUGCGCAAGAGUGGAGGAACAGUUACAAGAAAUUCACGAAAGGCUUCGUGCCCGGCGAGACUGAAUGGCUGGACAUUGAUACUCACCACCACUUGGCUCUCAUAGAUCUUCUCAAGAGUUGGCAACUUGAAGGGAUGUACACAGAAGAUGAAGUCGAGGAAUUAAGCCUCAUAUGGCAUUACCUUGAUCCAUGGACAGAUUCAUCUGCCGGACUUCACAAGUUAGGCUCCAAAUUCAUUACUUCGACCUUGUCAAAUGGCAAUCAGUCUUUGUUGAAGGAUCUGAACCAACAUGGCAACUUGGGCUUCAGGAUGUUGCAAUCUUCGGGAGAUUUCAAGGCGUACAAACCGCAUCCCAGCGUUUACCUUGGUGCAGCGAAGGCAAUGGGUGUACAACCUGUUAACGUUGCCAUGGUUGCAGCCCAUCUUGACGAUUUGAAAGCCGCGAGGAGGUUGGGCUUCAAAACAAUAUACGUCGAGAGGAAACAGGAAGAAGACUGGACAUCAGACCAGGAGGAAUACAAGGAUGCAAAGACGUGGGUUGACAUGUGGGUCACAGAGGAAGAAGAUGGUUUCAUUGAAGUGGCCAGAAGAUUUGGGAUAGAAUGA